AUGGCGAGCAAUCAGGGCCGUCUAUUCUCAUCACUAAUCAAGCGAUCUGCUCCAAAAUUGGUUCUUUCCUACGCGAGAUCUGAAUCGGUAACUCUCUCCGGUCCGAACUCGGCGAGGCGACUCAUCUGCCCUUCGAUUCAGCUUCAACAAGAAGAUCAAGUUAACCCUAAAAAGCUUGAAGAAGAGGAAUCAGAAAUCAAAGAGAAGAUUCAAAACGAAAAGGACAACGAAGACGAAGAUGAAGAUGACGACUUUGAUAUGAACAAAGAGACCGGUGAGAUUGGAGGACCUAGAGGUCCCGAGCCCACUCGUUACGGCGAUUGGGAGAGAAACGGUCGGUGCUCUGAUUUCUAG